AUGGCUCAGACACAAGAGCAGCCUGGAUCAUGUCAACGAUCCACUUUAUCUGCCGCGUCGACUGUGCAGCACCAUUCACUCUCAAAUGACUAUCCCGAGAAAGGGUUCUACAGAUUUCACCAUCAUCACACUGUGAGCGACUCGACCCCAUACUGCUCCAACGACUCGUCUCCGACCACAACGGCAUCCACUGUCGAUGAUUCUAGCGCCACUGAACCAUCACCAGGCUCAUCACCCGAGUCGCCGCCUCCAUCGACAUUCGCCGCUGGUAUGAUGCGUCCCCGGACGUCUGAUGACUCCAACGGACCAUUCUUUGAGCUUCAGAAGCAGCCACCUGCAAGGAAGGGACGCAACCUCAAAAACCUUGCUGUCAACACAAGCAGGCAAACAGGUCGGGCGGCAUCGACAACAAGCUUGCCGUUGAAGCCACUCGUGGUGGAACCGUUAUCUAACAUCCUUUCUCCCGGAUUCGUAAAGCCACCGUCUCCACAGAAGCGGAAACAGAGCACCCUAGGUCUGACCUUGCUCACUCCCGGCAGUAAACCAGCGCCUGCAGAAGUCAAGUUGGCAAUACCUGCCACACCUGGGUUCGGGCGGCCUAGCACGCUUCGCCAUUUCCAGUCCAGCCCUUCGCUGCCUAUAAUACCAGACUUUCAUCACAAUGACAACACCCGAAUACCUUCCAAGCAACUUUCUAGGCUCGAAACUAUCCUUUCACCUAUUGCGCCGACACCUAUAGUGCAGCUCCCGGCAGACGAUGAGCAGAAUUUCGAUGUACCUCUAUCACGUGAAGAGAGGCCAGAGGCUUAUCCAGACGGACCGAUCUGCGUAUACGCACCAUAUGUCGACCUAUACCUGGAACCCAAUGCUCAACAAUGUCGAACCUACGAUGUAAUCUUGAAUGUUGCUAGCGAAGUACGGAAUCCUUUGGCGGAUCAGCAACCAGCGGAAGACACGCCGGAUAUACGGAUAGAUGGUGGUGGCGGCAUACAGUACGCACCACGCCGAGGCCCAUUAAUAGCGCAAGAGAACACUAUGGUCGAGCCAUCUCCCACAACUCCGAAAGCCACACCACUCAGCAGCUCGUUCCCGAUCAUUGCUAAUGUUCCGCAAAGUAACGGGGCAGGAAAAGAUCCCGAGUACAUCCACAUACCAUGGGAACACAACAGCGAUAUCGUGCCAGAUCUACUCCGCUUGUGCAAAUUAAUUGACGAGAAGGUCAAGGAGCACAAGCGUGUACUUGUACACUGCCAAUGUGGCGUCAGCCGGUCAGCCAGUCUUGUGGUCGCAUAUGGCUUGUACAAAGACCCGACGCUGAGCGUACAAGAAGCCUAUGAUGCGGUCAAAGUACGAAGUAAGUGGAUCGGGCCAAACAUGAACUUGAUCAUGCAACUCCAAGAAUUUCGAUCAAGUCUUGCGCGAGGAGGACUGCUCUCGAGCAACCGCGGCAUGACGCCCAUCACACCUAGCUCAGCUUUCAGCGAGUGGCGAGGACCAUUCUCAGCAAGGCCGUCUGAUGCAAGCAAUAUCGCUGUGCCCAUGUCGGCUAGCGUAGCAGAGAAUCCACAAAAGUUUCCGGUGCAGGUUGAUGUCACGGCGGUCGCACCUGGACCAUCUUCUGCUCCAUCCAACUCAAACUGGCCUGGUACCGAGGCGACUCCACCUGUUCCUAUACGUCGCACGCGGGCAGUCAGUGCUGUCAAGCGAACAUCCGCAUAUGUAGAUCCUUCAGGUCAUCUGAUACCGGUAGUCCAAGUCAUAAGACCUGCAAGUACAAAGGCACUUCCCUCUGACGUGGAGACGCCAGCUGCGGUUGAGCAGACCAAGGAGGAGCCAAAGGCGGCGACCCUAACAGAGGCACUCGUGUCUCCACGAUCUGCAGAGUUUGCGAUGGUAUCAUUGCAGCUCCCAGAGGAAGUCGCGGUCGCGGAUGCUUUCGGCAUCAUGUCGCCUACGACCGCCGAGUUCUCAUCCUCGCCAUUCGAUCGCUCUGCUCUUCUUGCAUCUUUAGGAAUGGGCUUGAUGCAUCCAGAGACUCCGAGGCGCUCAACAUCGUUGCGGACAGCUGCUAAGCCAGCGGAGAAGGCAGAGGGCACCGGCUUGACACCGUCGCCACGAAGACUACGCAAUAAAAUUUCAGCUCCUAGCAUCCGCGAGCAACGACAAUUGCAAGAUCUGCAGACGCUGAUUCAGAGUAAUUUGUCUCUGAACAAAAGUGACAACAGCACGCAAGACGUGCUCAUGUCGCCACGAGCCAUGGAGUUCACAAGCAAUCCCUUUGCCCCGUCCUUGGCCAUCCCGGAGGUGGAGUCGGAAGAGAAGGAAGCAGACAGGAGUCCAGAGGCUGAUCCACGAAGUCCGGCACAUGCUGGAUCCAGCCCAUUCAGCAGGAAUAUACUUGACGUGAUGUGA